UGGAGAAGAGAGGAAAUAAAAACUGAAUAAAAUUCAGAGAUCCAUCAGCUCCUCAUCAUAACAGAAUAACAGACAGGUGGGCAGACAGAUUCUGGAUGACAGUGAAGAUGGGUAUGAUUUUUGGAACCUUUUCCAUGCAAACUGAACUGCGCCACAGAAGAGAUAAGCUAGACGAUGAGUUGGAGAUGACAAUGGUGUGUCACCGCCCCGAGGGGCUUGAGCAGCUCGAAGCACAAACAAACUUCACCAAGCAGGAACUGCAAGUCCUCUACCGUGGCUUUAAGAACGAGUGUCCGAGUGGGGUGGUGAAUGAGGAGACGUUUAAGCACAUCUAUUCUCAGUUCUUCCCUCAUGGAGAUGCCAGUACAUAUGCACACUAUCUGUUCAACGCAUUCGACACAACAAAUAACGGCUCCAUAAAGUUUGAGGAUUUUGUGAUGGGUCUGUCCAUUCUCCUGAGAGGAUCAGUCAGAGACAAGCUUGAGUGGACCUUUCAUCUAUAUGACAUCAACAAAGAUGGAUUAAUCAACAAAGAGGAGAUGACAGAGAUUGUGCAGGCCAUCUAUGAUAUGAUGGGAAAGUACACGUAUCCUGCUCUAAAAGGAAAUGUAGCCAGGCAGCAUGUGGAUACUUUCUUCCAGAAAAUGGACAAGAACAAAGAUGGAGUUGUGACGUUGGAAGAGUUCGUCCUAGCAUGCCAGGAGGAUGAAACCAUGAUGAGUUCCAUGCAGCUCUUUGAAAACGUGAUGUAGACCCUAACAGAGAGCAAAUCUCUAUAAAUAUAUGCUCAUUAUUUCUGAAAUGUUUACAAGGAUGUAAGCUUAAACUCAAUUAGCCACAAGCUAACACCAUUACAGCUAGCAUCCUGAGGAUUACCUAGAUUUCUGCAUAUCAAACUUCUACUAUAACUGCAUAAAGUCUGAAGAUCAGACCAACACGCCAACUUCUUAAUUUUUGGCAAAUUAAUACAGUUUACAAAUAUUUUAUUAAAUUAAAAUAUUUGUAAUCACACACAGUUCUGCUUUUAUCUGCCACUAUAGCACUUAGCCAUUUGCUGGGUGCCAGUGAGUGCCAACUGUGAAACUCUGGGUUAAAAGGAAGUUCUUCGAGAAUGCACAUAAAGAGUUAUAUAAAUAUUAAUAAUAAUAUAAAUAGAAUCUAAUUAAAAAGUCUGCAGACGCUAGCAUUGAUUCUUGAUAUAAGAAUGAAGGCUGCCAUCUAGCGGUAAAGAACAUGAACUGCAUCACAGAAGCCGGACCCUGCUCAAUUUGCAUGUUUAACCAGCCGAUCUGCUUUUCUCAGUUUACUUGAAUUAUUGUGUGUAAUAUAAAGCCUGAUAUUUUAAUUAAUAGUGUAUUUAUUACAGUUAGGAUAUGUGGAAAAUGUUUUGUCUACUUGUCUUGUUGUUGUUUGUGUAUGGUUAGUCUGGUUUGUCUCAGUUUGUCUGUAACAGUAAGAGGAAACAAGUAAUCAGCCACUCUUAGUUUUUCCUUUAUUAAGUCUUAUUUAAUUUUUAUUCACAAAAAUAAAAAGUAUUCAUAAGUGGAAACAAUUAUAUAUUUAAAAAUACACUAUAAUAUACACUAAGUCAAGUUUUAAAUGCUGCAAAUAAAAAGUGCACCUGGUUUAGUCAUGGUGAAAAUGAAGGAACCUUCUAAAGUUCUCAGGGACAAAAUCAUUAAAUGACACUUAAAUAAAAAAUUUACUUCAACUACACUUCAACUGUUUCCAUAACCCACAAAUAAUCCCCAGACAGGUUCAUAAAAAAACUGGUCACCUGUGCAAGAGAUUAUGUCAACUGUCAUCUCAUUCUUGAAGAACAUUUUUAGGGGCUUUAUUCUUGCACAGCAGCUUCUAAAGCCAUAAUAAUGUAAAUCUGGCCUGACUGGAUGAGAAUCAGCAUGUCCCAGCAUCUUCUGAUUUAUAGCAGACCUGUUUUUGUGAUUUUUUUUAUAGCAUAAACUGACAGUUUUUUACUUUGAGAAAUAGAUAAUUGCCACAAUUAUCUAAAAAAGACAUUAUGUAACUUUCUACACCAACAAAUUAAUCAGUAAGUUAAGUUGCUUGAAUAUUUUUGAGCCAAAACCUUUCAUUAUAACAUACUAAAGAAUUGUCACAGAAACAAUUUCAGAAAUUACUGAAACCAAAAGAUCACAAUGAAAUACAUGUUCCUUACUAGUGUAUGUUAAUGUUUGACUUCACAUGUAUGUGUUUCAGUGUGUCAUUAAUCUUAAAUGUGUGUAUUAAUCUUUGCUUAAUUUUACCAAGUGACAAUCCAGCUCUCAGUGUAAAUGUAAUUAAAAUAUGAAUUGUUAUAAGUAUUUUAUACUGAAAUACUUCCAUUAUAACUCAAAGGGGGAAAAAAUCUACAAUGAACCAGACAGACUGAAGCAGGUCUUUAAAAACUUCUACUCUUGUACAGUGCUUAACUUAUGCUUGUUGAUUUAUUAAAAUUAAUAUACAAGAACA